AUGUCCGAUAAGGGUUACAGGCGAGAGCCCGUCACGACGAAGCUUCCUGGAAAAAUCGUUGCAACAUCCCGUACGACCCAACAAACAGGACUGUCACGUGCGUCGAAGGGCCUCAUUUCGGCCAUUAUGACCGCCUACAAUACUCACUGCGCUCUAGUAGUCAGCCCGGACGACGUGUGGUUGACGAUCCUCUCCCAGUUCUGCGCAUACGUCAACAAGAACGCCGAGGGCUUGCGCGACAGGGUGGUUGAGCAUGAGGGCAAGAAGAAGCUGACAGUGUAUGGAUACGGGUCGUUGGAAACGGCCGACUAUGAAACACUGAUCAAGGAUCUCUUAGGACAAAUCAGGCAAAACAUCAAGUCUCCCGAGCUGGCGGACUGGUUCCGCCCUGGGUUCUCUACUACUACAGAGACAGACGAGGUGUGCGCGGCGGCAACAGCUAUGGCGAGCCUUCAGGAGUACUUCGAGUAUACCAUGUGCCUGGCGUGCGGCAUUCCGUCGGUGACCAUGGUGGGCACAGUCGAGGACUGGAAGCUGCUGCGGGAGAAGAUCGAGCGAAUGCUUGAGUUCGAGGUGCAGGGCAACCCGGAGGGCAAGGUCAUGGAGCUGUGGGUGGGGUACCUGAGGAAGGUGUGCGACGGGUUCGUGGAGUCGGCGGAGCACCCGGACAGCGCGGCGACGGUUGAUUUCUGGGACAAGGUUCUCUCACACAAGAAUCGGGGCUCGGGUAUGAACUACACGACAGGCUGGGUGUCCGCGUUUUCGUGCUUCGACAAAGACGGGAAGUUCAUCGGGAAGAACAUGAGCAUGGGCGGGGAGUUCCCUCUCAUUGAGGAUAGUGCACUUUGCCACAAUGUUGUCUCGUGUCCUGUGACCAUCGACGACAACGGGCGAGAGUAUGACGCUACCUUGUUUACAGGCCAGGUGGCCUUUAAGGCAGAGCAAGGCGCCGAGGGGGGGCAUCCGACCGUCCGCCCGCGCAACGACUGGUGUCUGGCCGUGGCGGUGAAAUAGAGAGGUUGGCUCGAUGAUGAUUCGGGCGAUGGUUGCCACGCCUUUGUCAUGAGAGCUUUGGUGCAGUACACAGCGCGUCCCGUGAUUCCUUCGGAUAGGUGAGGGUUCGCUAUGUGAAGAAGAGGUACGCGUCUCGACGGCGACCAAAAAUUGGUAGGCGGACGGAUGGUGACCAGGUAGAAUAAGUAUGAUGAGUGACUCCGCAGCGUAAAGUCUUGAAGUAAGUAACCAAGACCGUAGGGUGGGUGAUAGCUGUAGGGUAGACGGUUGCCGUUGGAAUAUUUAGAGGAAAUUCAAGCGCCCAUGAAUGGAGUUUGUUUAGCUGUUGUUGUCCCGAGCUCGUCCUGUUCAGGUCACCUCGUCACGGGUGUAGCUGUCCCUCAAGAGUUUCGGCGACGAGGUAUAUGCCCGGAGACGAAAUACUGGGUAUUUCGCGUUUGUAGGACCGAACCUCUGCUUCAGGAUAAGGAGCAGUCGCUGCAUUUGACGACGCUGGAAAGGAAGCAACGCUGCUGUGAUAAGUGUUGCUCCAUGUGGCAGGAUGACGAUCAAUGGCUCCACGCGAAAACAGUGCAUCAGGUAGUUCUGGUGAUUGUUUUCUUUUUCUUCGGUCCUUUUCUCGUCUUUUCCGUAUGGCCUUCCUCUGCUUUCUUUGUCAAGUACCAAGAUGGAGAAAAGGAGAUGUACCUCUCUCUGCCGCUUGACGUUGGCUUCCAGUUUCAUUCCUACCCCACAUAGCGUGAAGAGAGCAUCGGAUAGCUCCAGUCUAUCUGCCGCUUAUUCAAUUGGCUUGCGUGCCGUUGAGGUUUAAAACACUGGAGGUUUACCUUUUUGAGGGUGAGUUAGCCUGUGGCCAUGGGAAUCGACCGCGUCAAGUGUUUAACCAAUAUGGACAGAUGAAGGUACACACUGUACUAACUGAGAGGUCUGAUCUUGCUUGUUCGCAGCACUGCUGCUGCUGCUGUUGUUUUUUCGGAGCAAUUGGAUACACAUGCAUCUUGACGUGGACCAUCUCGCGGCCUAUGACUUCCUCAACCCGCCCGAGUCGAGUCACAGCCGCUGCAACGUCAACCAACGCAAGAUACAAACCUGCCAAGGGUGCAACAACGCAAAGAACCUAGGUGUGGCAAUCCUUGGUGGCAAAAUUAUACCCCAGCUGCUCGACGGAUCUCACAUCCCUCGAAGACUCGUUCCCUAUGCAUACCUCCCUCUGCUCGACCACUCCCAGCAACCAGGGCAGACGGCUACACACCAACGGCAAUUUUGCGUCACUCAGAACGACUAGAUUCUGCGACGACACGAAGCUAGUUUUAAAACCUCAUCCGCCGGAAACCAGGCACGCCGAUUGAAAUCGCGGCUACAACAACUUCCGCGUUCUCCCCUCCUCACGAACGGUGCUUUUUCUUAUUGCUUCCCCCCCCGCUUCGACUAGCGCUGCC